UUAAACCUGUCGGCCUGCUGCCACUAAUCACGAGCCAUAAGUCUGAUAUAACUGUGAACAGAAAAAUCACGCUCACUGCCAGCGACCCCUUGGGUAAAUAGCAACGUUAGACGGCCUAAUUAAAAAAAAAAAAAAAAAAAUUAAACUACAAUACCCACAAUUCAGUGCGCGACUUUCUGUUCCGAGGUCAAUGACUGCCGACUGUCAGUUGAAAGAAAGGUUGAGGUGUGUGGAUGUAGUGUCUGUGGUGUGCUGUGAUGCCCCUGGAGGUGAGAUGGCCAUUCCCACAAUGCCCUCCUCUGGCCUGGAGGAUCUCUAGCUCACUGGUCAUGGGCAUGGUGGGCUCCUACUCCUACUUCUGGACCAAGUACAUGAACUACCUGACGGUUCAUAACCAUGAGGUCUUACUGAACCUUAUUGACCAGCGUCCCUCGGACACGCCCCUCAUCACUUUGUCGAAUCACCAGUCCUGCAUGGAUGACCCGCACAUCUGGGGGGUGCUGAGGCUCAGACACUUAUGGAACUUCAAAAAGAUGCGGUGGACCCCGGCAGCAUCUGACAUCUGUUUCACCAAAGAGUUUCACUCCAGAUUUUUCAGCCGUGGCAAGUGUGUUCCUGUCUGCAGAGGCGAUGGCGUUUACCAGAAGGGCAUGGACUUCAUCCUUGAGAAGCUGAAUGGGGGAGAAUGGGUGCAUAUCUUUCCAGAGGGCAAAGUCAACAUGACUGGGGAGCUCAUACGGCUGAAGUGGGGUGUGGGUCGCCUAAUAGCAGAGUGCUCCCUCAACCCCAUCAUACUGCCACUCUGGCAUGAGGGGAUGAGUGACGUUCUGCCCAACGUGAAGCCCUACAUUCCUCGGACUGGCAAGAGGAUCACAGUCCUGGUGGGGAAACCGUUCAGUGUCAAAGACCUAGUCGAGUCCCUCCGAGCUGAAAACAAGAGCCAAAUGGAAAUGAGGAAGAUCCUGACUGAUUUCAUCCAGGCGGAGUUUCGCAGUCUGAAGGCCCAGGCCGAGGUGCUCCACAGGCAGAUACAGACCAAAUCCUGAGCCUCAGCCUUCAGCUCAGCCUGGCACACUCCUCAUGGCAGAGACCGACUGUGUACCCUCACCUCAGGGUAACAGCUGAAUAAAGACUCUGCGGGGAGACCACACACACACACACACACACACACACACACACACACACACACACACACACACAUACACACACACCAUGCCUGCGUCCCUGAUGGAACAGACUAUUACAGCCACUCUCCUCCUUUUUCCUGUUUUGGACCACUGGUUAACUGUACAUGGUGACCACUGUAACCAGAUCCACACCCUCACACUCAGGAAUCAUUGAAGCAAAGACAUUUGAGCUUUACAACGUUUUGGCUAACGUUAUCUGGGGGCUGUUUCGAGUAUCAGAAGAGAAGCUGGUGGCCAGUAGAGGGCACUUAAGUGUAUUUCCUCGAGAAAUGCAAUUCAAUCAUAGUUUGAAUUUACUUAAAUAUAAAUAAUAGGCCUCUUUCAAAAAAUGCAUGAUUCGUUUACUUGAAAGCACAGCAGUCAGUGUUGUGGCCUGUAAUCAGUCAGUCCUUGCAGAUGUUAUUUCUCCCAGUGAUCCACAGUGGAUGUGACUCUUAGGUGUUGCUGCCUUUUAGGAGAAACUGGUCCAUUGAGCUGCUUAGCUGUGUUUUUCCUGUUACCCCACUUAUAUUAUCAACCUUUUACCCCAUUUUUAAGGGAAUUUUUCACAAAGCUGCUGUAUGUCUGAAUGCUAGACCUUAGUAUUUAGUCUGAUUCUCUGUCCAAUAACAAAUGGAGUAAUAUUGCCUGAUUGUGUAUGAACUUAUGAAUAUAUGAAGAUUUACAUUGGUGAGGAAGCUGAUCUGCAUUGAAGUAAGCAGGAAAUCAGCGCUGUACUGUAUGCAGGUGUUUUAGCAUCGACGUUGAGGAGAUGCAUGGAAACUAAAUGAUUUGUUUAUGCUGGUAAAGAUGGACUUUUAUUUCCGCUGUAAUAACUGUGCUGCUGUAAAGCCUUUGUUUUGUUUUCCUUGUGUGCUGGCAGCUUGGAAUUAAUUAUUUGAUUAUCCUGCUGUACAGUGCACAGCAUCACGGUUCGUCCCCCUCUCUCUGUCUAACCUCUGUCUGACUCACUGGGCUUGAUGAGACUCUGCAGACCAAGCUAUGAUGUAGGGCUGCUCAAUUAUGGCAAAAUCAUGAUUACAACUAUUUUGGUCAGUGUUGAGACACCAGUUAUUUCACAGCAUUACUCACUGACUUUGGAAACCGUGCAUUUUUGAACUUUGGAAUUGGUUCAACUUCAAAUAUAUACAGCCGGGCUGAGAGUGAAUUUGGGCUUGUAGGGAGGGGCGACCACUGCAAAGGAAAGGUCAGCACUGGAUUUACAGCAAGACAAGACGAGCAUUGCUGCAAAAUGGAAUGCGGCACAAUAAUCAUUUUAUCUCAAUUAUCUUGUUUUCAUAAUCAUCGGAAGCCAAAAUAGUAACUGAAAAUUUUUUAUUAAUGGUUCAGCCCUACAGUCAUGUAGGAUAUUGUACAUUUGAAUGAAGUUUGCAAAUCAUCUCACUGUAGAUAAUUUUUCAAAGGAUGAAAUGUUGAAAUGCAUUUUUUUCUGUAGUUUCUUUCACUCUGUGAAUGCCACCCUCGCUGAUGUACAUAAUGUAUUUUACCAGAGAAAUCAAUGGCUUUUUAUCAGGUAUACAAUACUGUGGAAAGGCCACAGCAGAAUGAUGAGCUGCGGUUAUUUGACAAAUAUAUUGCCUUACUAUGAUUGCUACACUUUGCUAUGUGUAUUUCAAUAAAGUGUUACACUUUUCUAAAUUUUAAAAAUCUACUGG